UACGUAAUGAAAACAGGAAGUGUAUUUCGUGCACUUCAGCACCCGCGCCGAAACUCUCCGUUAAAACUUUAACUGGGAAAUUGACAGUAACGCAGAGACUGCUGUAAAAUAGUGUAAGAUCUUCAUCUCUGAGACUGUGAGGAGCGCGUGCAUGUGUCGGUGAUGUCAGACUGUGAGCCGCUCAGGAAGCGCUGGAGGACUGAAGAUGCAGGAGAACCACAGGAAUCAGCUCCUCCGUGCUCAGAUCAUCCUGAAGCUCCAGCUGAGCAGAGGAACCCACCGAAGAGAUGCAGCCGGACUCUGGAUGACUGGCUGCUGAAGAAGCCCGCAGUGACCCAGAGAAGCUCUCAUCAUCAUCAUCAUCAUACCGAACCUGAGGGGUCCGAGGAGAAUUCACGGAAGCAGGAGUGUCCGGAGAGCAAGUUAACCUCGGAGAAGAACUCCGUGACCGAACCCAGACGAACCAGUUCUGCUCCGAACACAGGGACGCGCAGAAUCACAAACUUCUUCACUGAAGCUCCAGGGAAAGUCGCGUGCAGAAGGGCAGCAGCGGCAGCAGGGGCUGAUGGGAAGGCGUUCAGCGAUGAUGUCACUGGGCUGGGUGUUCCUGACAGUGACCUGCGCAGGGCGCCGGUGUGCAGCGGCCCGUUACCUGCCCUGAAACCCUCCGACAGACACACGGUCCUGAUCCAGACUGAUCUGAUGCUGACCGGUGAAGCUCCAGAGCCACAUCCAUCUCCAGAUCAGCUGCAGGACCGCUGGGACGACACACACGUCAAACUACCCUGCUCCACACACAACCUGUUCCCCACGGACCGCACGACCGUCCAGAGCCGAUGGGAUUUGAUCCGUAAAGCACUGAGUGUCCCGUUCAGCUCUGCUCAUGAUGUGAAGGAUGCCAUAAUGAAAUAUAAUACAGGCCAAGCGAAGGGAUGGGGCUUCACAGCACUACAUGUGUACUGUAAGCGUCUGCAGCCGUCUGAAGCUCAGCAGAUGUUUGGAGAGCUGCUUCCAGAGAUGGCACAGCUGGCACUGAGAGCACCACGCCUCCUCACACAGCCGAUCCCGCUGUUGAGGACGCAGUGCUGUCGAUCUCUCACGCUGUCUCAGGAGCAGGUCUCCUGUCUGCUGGCAAACGCUUUCUUCUGCACCUUUCCUCGACGAAACUCUCACCGGACGGAGUUCAGCAACUAUCCUGACAUCAACUUCAGCAGGUUGUUUGAAGGUUCAUCUCAGAGUAAGCAGGAGAAACUCAAAACGCUCCUGUGGUACUUUAGACGGAUCACGCAGCAGAGGCCGACCGGUCUCAUAACAUACACCAGACAGUGUCUGCAGCGUUUGCCCUCGUGGUCCAGCUCAGAAAAGCAGUUCAGCAAGCUCCGCAUCAGCUGUGAGGGAACCAUAGAAGAGCAGGGCUACGGCAUGCUGCAGGUUGACUUUGCCAACCGGUUCGUUGGUGGGGGGGUGACUGGUUCUGGUCUGGUUCAGGAGGAAAUCCGUUUCCUGAUAAACCCGGAGCUCAUCGCGGCUCGGCUCUUCACUGAAGCACUGGAGGAUAACGAGUGUCUGAUCAUCACAGGAACCGAGCAGUUCAGCAGAUACUCGGGAUACUCCGAUACCUACCGAUGGGAUGGUAACCAUGACGACCAGAUGCCGAGGGAUGAGUGGCAGCGCAGAUGCACCGAGAUCGUGGCUAUAGACGCCCUGCAUUACAGAAACUUCCUGGAGCAGUUUCUCCCUGAAAACAUGAGCAGAGAACUCAACAAGGCCUUCUGUGGGUUUGUUCGUCCUGGAGUCCAGACGGAGAAUCUGUCCGCCAUCGCGACGGGGAACUGGGGCUGUGGAGCUUUCGGUGGAGACACGCGUCUGAAAGCUGUGCUGCAGAUGAUGGCGGCUGCGGAGGCGGAGCGUGAUCUGAUGUACUUCACGUUUGGUGACGCAGAUCUGCUCAGAGACGUCCAUCACAUACACACACUGAUCACAGACACACACGCCACCGUAGAGCCGAUGAAAGCGUGUCCCCGCUGGGCUCCGUAUCGACCGGACGCUCGCUGGCAGAACCCAGGCUUUGUAGCGUACGGAUUUCAAACACACAUCUGCGCUCGGGUGUGUCGGGGUUCUCUCUCUUCUGCUCCCUGAAUGGGUCUGACCUUUGAGACGACGAGCUCAUACAGUCACUGAGCCACAGAGAAACAGACGCAUUCAGUCAUCACCUGUUUAAUAGUCCUGAAGAUUAAUCAAGUCUUUAAAUAGAAAAUCAUCUGUGAUUCCAAUUAGUUAGUCUGAAGAAAUUAAGAGUCAAGGCUGAGUUUGAUUUACAUCUCAAUCUUCCUUCACUGUAAGCUGCAGAUCUUUCAGAAUAAAUCUCACAAUGAGCCCUGGACGAGGAAGCUUUGAUUCUUGAAUAAACGGCUCAUCUGUGUCCGUGUGCAGAUCUGCUUCUAUGUUGUAGAUAUAUAUUUAUUUUUACGUCUGUGCUGCAUUAGAAAGUCUGUGUAAAUUACAUUCUCAUGGUACAAUGUCAUUCAGUUCAAGAUUCUCCUUCAGUUCAUCAAGUGGUGCAGAUUUAACACGACACAUCUUUAUCUGUAAUGUUUUAUCCUGCACAUGAUUUUAAUAAAUUCCUAUUAUGAUUAAA